AUGUCUCUUUGCGCAAGAGCUCUUAGCAGACGAUGCCCCGGCGCAUCGUCUACUUUUGCGAAAGCUACCUCCACUAUUACCCCUAUAACGCAACUUAGACAAAUACAUUCGUCGAAACCGACAUCGACCGCUCCAACUUCAUCCACCAUGGCCGAAUUCAACCGGAGAACCGAUACCAUCCCUAAACCGCCCGAGUCGAGGGAAAAUCCUACCGUGGGAAUUGCGCCGAACCCAAGCGAGAAUAUCGGCCAGAAGCGGCUUGCAGAUUUCGACCUUGGCGGCAAAGUGUUUAUCGUGACAGGAGGCGCACGGGGCCUUGGAUUAUCAUUGGCGGAGGCGCUCGCGGAAACGGGAGGGAAGGUGUACUGUUUCGAUCGCGAACCGGAGGCCGACGAGGGUUGGGCCGAAGCAGCACGACGAGCCGACAAAUUCGGCGGCUCUCUUCAUUAUACGCAGCAAGACGUACAAGAUGCGGAUGGGCUCGACCGAACUAUCGCAGAAAUCGCAGAUAAGCACGAACGCUUGGACGGCGUGAUCGCGGCGGCUGGUGUCCAGCAUCUAUCUCCUGCUGGGGAAUGGACGAGAGAUGAGGUAAAUCGAAUGAUGGAUAUAAACUAUACAGGCGUGAUGAUGACGGCCACGAGCGCGGCCCGCCAGAUGUUCAAGUACAAGAUCCACGGCAGCAUGUGUUUUAUAGCCAGCAUGUCCGGUAUUGUCGCCAACAAAGGACUUUUGUCACCCGUAUAUAACUCGUCAAAGGCUGCUGUCAUCCAGUUAGCUCGCAACCUUGCUAUGGAGUGGUCCCCGAUCCGAAAAGAUGGCACGGGCGGUAUCCGGGUGAACUGCAUCAGUCCUGGUCACAUCUUGACGCCGAUGGUUCGGAAGAAUUUCGAAGAAGUUCCGGGUCUGCGUGAAACUUGGGAAAGGGAGAAUAUGAUGGGCCGACUGGCGGAGACGACCGAGUUCAAGGGCGCCGCCUUGUUCCUUCUCAGCAACGCUAGUAGUUUCAUGACCGGCAACAACUUAGUUAUCGACGGCGGCCACACGGCGUGGUAG